ACAAUUCAUUUUCCUAUCCUUAAAAAAAGUCAACAAAGAGAGUUGGGAGAGAGAGACGGAGAUGGAGAACAAAGCUCAAGAGGAGACUUCGACCAUCAACGUUUCAGCCCUUACUUGCAUAGAUCUCGCCAGCUCUGAUCUUCAUCGAUCAGCUGUUUUGCUCAAGCAGGCAUGCUUGGAGUGCGGAUUUUUCUAUGUCAUAAAUCAUGGUUUAAGUGAGGAGUUGAAGGACGAGGCUUUUGAGCAGAGUAAGAAAUUCUUUGCUCUUCCUUUGGAGGAGAAGAUGAAAGUCUUGAGAAAUAAAAAGAACCGAGGAUAUUCACCUGUCCUUGAUCAAAUCUUAGAUCCUGAGAAUCAAGUCCACGGGGACUACAAAGAGUGUUUUUUCAUUGGAAUCGAAGGUCCUAUAGAUGAUCCCCAUGGGGAUAAGCCAUUCUAUAGCCCAAACACUUGGCCUAACCCUGUUGUGUUGCCCGGAUGGAAGGAGACCAUGGAAAAAUAUCAUCAAGAAGCAUUGUAAGUCUAAUUUUUGUUUUCCAUCUUUUUAAGUAGCUGUCUCUCAU